AUGCCUUUGUCACCAGUGUUGGAGGCCCGUACCACUCCAUUCCCGUUGAUUUUGGGUGGACAAGAUUCCUUUGUACCCAGCAAAAUUAUUGUCUCACUGGAGCCAAGAGUAGUACCCUUUGUACACGCUAGAACGUGGUCUUUCUGUCGUUUUGGGUAUUCUUCUCUCUUUAGAACAAUUGCUCUGCUUAUUCAAACAAAGACUAUUAGUUACCUGUGGUUUUCUCGUUACAAAUCAUACUCUGCCUUACUGACUGCUACACAAUCCAGAUCAAACACAAUGAGUGCUCCUACAAACACACAUGCUUCGGGUGCAAACACUCAAUCUGGUCCCGCAAAUAAAAGAAGGCGAGAAGAUAAUCAAGCUAUGGGAGAUGACGAUGAAAGUCCAGAUGAUGAAUAUGAAUAUGACAGCUCUGAUGGCGAGCUUGAAUUUGAAGAAACUCAAGGGCGCAAACGCCAGAAAGCAGCGAUGCGUCAAGAAGCUACCGAAGCACGCCACCGCAAUGCAAUGAUGGCAGAGAUUGCUGAUGCCCCAAAUGUUCCAAAUGCGGCGUCUCAAAUCUCUCAAGCAAUCUACGAAUGCGUUCGAAUGUUGAUGGGUAUCUCUCGGAAGUCACGCUCAGGACAACUUGAACAGAACACUGUAGACCCAUCACUUCCUCUCGCUCCGACUGUAGAAGAGAUGAACGAAUGGGUCAAUCGUCAAAACGACCGAGAAGAGUUCAUUGAUUCAAAGAUCAAGAAGGCAAUGCGAGCUUAUAUUGCAAGCAAACCACAAGGCUUCAAGCCGAAUAGGAAGCAAGUCCGUACUGUCAAACGAGAUGCUGCAGAACGCGCACGUAACAAACAUAAACUCAUGCCUGUCAAAUUUCUCUCGCGAAUGGACCUCUCUUCUUCCUACAAAUACUCACACAGCUGGGGAACCAAAUGCGAGGCGGCUUUGGCUCUGGCAGGUUUCACUCGUUGUACGUUUGACUGGAGGGCAGGAUACGACACCCCUUGGAAUUCAACCAUGUCAUCCAUCAUCAUUGAACAAUGGCUCAAAUGUUUCAAUGCCAGCGGAGCACGCUCAUAUUCUAUCAUAUCAUCGGACAACACAUCCGGAAACCGAGAGGAGCUUCUUCGACGAUGGUUUACCAACAAGAAAAAACAAUACGGAGAUCAAUGCAAACAAAAUAUUUUAAUGACUACAGCUGAAGGUCGUGAAAAACUCAAAAUUGACAAGGCCCAUGCCAAGAAGGUAGUAAAACGUAGAAAAGCAAAAGCUGCUAUCCACAAAGCUCGAUUAUCUGUUGCAACUGAAAUGUUUGGUGAGAGUUCCAGUCAGGUGAAGAUGUUAACACCACGUGAAGUUCAUUCGGAAGAUGAACUAGGCAGCUCUGGAGGCUCUAGCAAGGUUCGGUUAGCCUGGCGCAGUGCCGAGUUGGACAAUUUCAUCAGUUUGAUUGAUCAAACUAUUGUGUCUCGUGAGGUCAUUGCUGCGGCUAAACGUUCUGCACGUCAUUUAACGGAUCGUGGUCCUUAUUCAACAACACCCGACACGGAUAUGUUCCCUCCAAAACGUUUCCAACGCUCUCUGAUCUCACCUACCUGGAUGAGUUCUAUGUCUGGGGUUGCAAUCAGACACUUGGACUUACAAACAGAAGAGACUAUUGACAUUACCAAAUCAAUUGAAAAGCUCAUUGAAAACCUUGCUUCACAUCAAUCAACUUCUUCAUAA